AUGGUCGCCAAUCUGGUCUCUGACAUUUACGCCAACAUCACUGCGACCGCCCGCGCGGUACCGACUUGCGGCAGUGGACAAUCKGAUCUCGGAAACCCAGCAGAGACGAACUGCACCACCACCACCCUAGACUCCAGCAUGGAGAACGGGGCAUGGUACAUGGCCAACUGGACGAACCCGGCGGCCUGGCUCGUCAUCGUCUACUGCGUCGCCAGCGCCUGCACUCUACUCCUGCUGAUGUGCCAUGGCUAUCUUGACGGUCACCUCAACCUCGACUUCUCUCACGCCGCGGYGGCGCAGCGCGAGCUGAGAAGAAGACGUCGCAACAGUCAGCGCAUGGAAGACUGGAUUGAGAUGGAACGACGACAGGCCGAGGAGGUGGACACGGAUUUGGGUGAGGAGGAGGGACCGCAAGCGCGCCUGGAGUGGCCGACACUUCACCAACGAGAUUCGUACAGCGACGACGAGCAACCCCCGACGCUAUAUGCAGGUCUGGAUUCGUUGCAACGCGAGGUCAUGUAUGAGAGGCAGGAGAGAGAUGCGAGAGUGUUGAGAAGGUUGGAGCGCGCUGGACUGUUAUGA